GCUGUCCGGGCUACUUCCGGCAGCGAGAUGGCUGGGUUCCCGGGACUCGAACGGAAGUUCCGGCGGGGGCGGCCGAGGGGGAAGAGUGUGUGUCUGUGAGGGAGAAAGGGGAGAAUCGCCCGGACGGUCUCGGAAGCCCCUGGGAGUGAGGCCCAGCCUGCAGGAAGCCCUGCAGUGUAUGUGUGGUAACGCCAUGUCUGUGCCCCUGCUCACCGACGCUGCCACCGUGUCUGGAGCUGAGCGGGAAACGGCCGCGGUUAUUUUUUUACAUGGACUUGGAGACACGGGGCACAGCUGGGCUGCCGCCCUCUCCACCAUCCGGCUUCCUCAUGUCAAGUACAUCUGUCCCCAUGCGCCCAGGAUUCCUGUGACCCUCAACAUGAAGAUGGUGAUGCCCUCCUGGUUCGACCUGAUGGGGCUGAGUCCAGACGCCCCGGAGGAUGAAGCUGGCAUCAAGAAGGCCGCAGAGAACAUCAAGGCUUUGAUUGAACAUGAGAUGAAGAAUGGGAUCCCUGCCAAUCGAAUCGUCCUGGGUGGCUUUUCGCAGGGAGGUGCCCUGUCCCUCUAUACAGCCCUUACUUGCCCCCACCCUCUGGCUGGCAUCGUGGCAUUGAGCUGUUGGCUGCCUCUGCAUCGGAACUUCCCCCAAGCAGCCAAUGGUAGUGCCAAGGACCUGGCCAUCCUUCAGUGCCAUGGGGAGAUGGAUCCCAUGGUACCUGUUCGGUUUGGGGCCCUGACAGCUGAGAAGCUCCGGUCUGUUGUCACACCUGCCAGGGUCCAGUUCAAGACAUACCCCGGUGUCAUGCACAGCUCCUGUCCUCAGGAGAUGGCAGCUGUAAAGGAAUUUCUGGAGAAACUUCUGCCUCCGGUCUAAGUAGUUGCUGGCUCCCAUUGUGGUCCCCCAGCAAGCAAGCACCGCACCAUCUUGGAUCUGAGCCGGUCGAGGCCCUGUCCCUUCUCUUCCCACCCUUAUCCUCUUCCCACAGGCCUCUGGGGCAGGUGGCCGAGGCUGGCCAGGCCUUCCUGCUGACCUCGGCCAUCUGGAAGUCAGCGGCAAGGGUGGGCUGCUUUCUUUUCCCACUUCCUCAGAGGCGGGCCCCAGCAGCAGUAUUGGAGGGGCUGUAGGCAGCGGGAGAAAGGGGCCCAGCUGCUGACCCACUCAGGACCUCACUCACUAGCCCCGCUUUGGGCCCCCUCCUGCGACCUCAGGGUUUGGCCCAUGGGGCCCUCAUGGGCCCCCACCCCAGUGAUUCUGCCCGGAUAAUCGUAUCUCCUGCCUCACUGCAGCUGCUUCUCUGUCACGAAUGUGUCCAUGGCCCGGGGCCCUUGCUGCUGUGGGCUGCCUGCUCCUGGGCAGGCAGGUUGGUGAGGAGGUAGAAUCCUCGGAAGCCUGUCCCCUCAGGGGGCUGGGCCCUGCCUCCCCAUGGCUCUUCCUUGCUGGCCUGGAGCCUGCAAGGCUGGAUUGAGGUUCAAGGGCCCCCUACCCUCUGCUGUCUCACCCCCACUGUGUCCCCACUCUAGGGCCAGGGAGGCGGUGGGGGAAGAGUUGUGUCUUUGUCUUCUGUCUUCAUGUGGUUUUGGGUGUUUUUCUUGUUUUGUCCUGGAUUCCGAUAAAAUUAAAGAAAUUGCUUCAACUCUCA